AUGGAUGCUCUGCCAGCACCCCUGUCCCCAAGCCAGCGGCCGGGCGUGGUCCCCUCCAAGGCCAGCUUCUCCAUGCACAGCAUCCUGGUGAACCACUUCCUCCGCGGCGCGUGGUACCCCAAAGGGGGGGCCGGGGAAAUCGCUUUCCGCACCAUUCCCGUUAUCCGGAAAGCCGGAGGCAACGUGUUGGGAAAGGCGCCGGUGCAGAGGAUCCUGCUGGACUCCCAGGGCAAAGCCUGCGCUGUGAGCGUCAAGAAAGGCCAGGAUUUGGUGAACAUCUUCGCUCCCGUUAUCAUUUCGGACGCCGGGAUCUUCAACACCUACGAACGGCUCCUGCCGGCGGAGGCGCGGGCGUUGCCUGAGAUCCAGUCUCAGCUUCGCAUGGCGACACACGGCGAAGGGGCUUUCACCGUCUUCGUAGGCCUUAAUGGCUCAAGGGAAGAGCUGGGGCUGGAGCCCACCAACUACUUCAUAUAUGCAGGAGAUGACCUGGAUGAAAUAAUGAAUCGCUACCUGGCUUCUUCCAGAGAAGAAGCUGCCAAGAACAUCCCUUUCCUGUUUGUCACCUGCCCGUCAGCCAAGGACCCCACCUGGGAAACGAGGCACCCAGGUAAAUCCACGCUGGCCAUCGCGACCUUCGCCAAAUACGAGUGGUUUGAGGAGUGGAAGGACAAGCAGGUCAAUAAGCGGGGAGAUGAUUACGAGGAGUUGAAGAAAACCUUUGUGGACACCGUCAUGCAGGCCGUCUUCAAGCUCUACCCUCGCAUCGAGGACAGGAUCGAGUACAUCUCCGGAGGGACGCCCCUCACCAACCAGCACUACAUCGCCAGCCCCAGGGGGGAGAUCUACGGCGUCGCCCACGGCAUGGCCCGCCUGCAAGCCGAAGCCAUUGCCACCGUGAGGGCGCAGACGGCCGUCCCCAACCUCUACCUGACAGGGCAGGAUUUGUGCCUGGGCGGCUUCGUGGGAGCCCUGCAAGGAGCCCUCAUCUGCAGCAGCGCCGUCCUCAAGCGCAACCUCUACAUUGACGUGGCAUGGCUGAAAAAGCGCACGCAGGCCACCGACUCUAAGAAGAGGGACUAACGCCUGCCGUCCCACCGGCCAGGACCUCCCUUUCCCUCCGGUGCCUUAGUUUCCGCUGCAAAUCACCCGUAGCACAUCCUCCUCUAAUGCAAAGCCAAAGGGUCACAAGCCCAGGAAGACGCCGUAGCCAUUUCCAGGCAGCUUGCCUUGGACCUUACCCACCUAGAGCUCACCUCCUUCCACCACAACGCCCACCGCUAGCGAGUAAAAGCCAGCGCUGAGCCCUGGCCGCCCUUUUGAGGGCAAAACCCUUCGCCCGCUGGAGGGAAGAGGGGCUCCAAGAGCUGCCAUGUGCAGCAGCGGCCAGGAGAGAAGUCAAGGCAACCCCAAAAACCAGGCUGCUGCACCAGAAGGCAAAAACCCAACAGCUUCUACCAGCAAACGCCCACGGCCGCUUGAUCCCCACC